AGAACAGCAGCAGCAGCAGCAGCAGUGAUACACGCAGCCGCCCAACCUGGCCGCAGCAAAAUUGUUGAGCAACAUUUUUCCCCGUCUACAUGACACUGGUGCGAUUUAAAACAUUAUUAUAUUUGUUUUAUACAUUGGAUUCUUGGGAGGAUAAACGAAACGUGUGACAUAGAAGAACAAUAGGAGAACGUGUUUGCGGUAUUGGAGACACGGGUACUCUGGACGUUCAUGAGGUGGACUUCGCCGCAUUUGGUGGGCUGCUCCUAGCUUGGAAAAUCCCACCACAUAUCCCUGACAUUCAUUCCAAACUCGACCUGUACGGUGAACUGUCACCGACGUAGAUACAUUUGAAAGGAAAAGCAUGGAAUAAAGCCUGACAUCGAAGGAGUCCUGAAGAAAAGUAGUUUUUUUUUUCUGGUGAAAAGUAGUCCACUGCUUGUUUUAAAUAACCUAUUCAUUAUUAAGUAGCAUAGGAGAGGCAUAGCCUACUCUUACAACUCACCACAAGAUGUCUGUUCCGAACGUACUGGCCAAGGCCCUGUACGACAAUGUGGCCGAGUCCCCAGACGAGCUGUCCUUCCGGAAGGGUGAUAUCAUGACAGUAUUGGAGCGGGACACCCAGGGUCUGGACGGCUGGUGGCUCUGCUCUCUGCAUGGACGCCAGGGCAUCGUCCCCGGCAACCGACUCAAGAUCCUGGUGGGCAUGUAUGACAAGGCGGGCCAGCAGCAGCAGCCUCCACUCCUCCAGGCCUCCCAGGCUGGCUCUGCCCAGACCCAGAGCCUGAGCCAGCUGGCCUUCCCCCCGCAGAGUGCCUACACUAAGCCCUCCCCCUCCUCCCAGUACACAGCCAUGCACCCUGCCUUCUCCAACCCUGGUCCUGUCCCCGCCCUACCCGACAGCAUCUACAUGAUGCCCCCCAACCAUGGCAAGCCCUCCCCUUCAAGCCUGUACCAGAUACCCACGGGCCCCCAAGCCCCACCCAAGGCCCCCAUGCUCGCCCAGAAGCAGUACCACACCCCUGUUCAGGACAUCUACCAGGUGCCUCCCUCCAUGGGGCCAGCUCCUGUCCAGGACAUCUACCAGGUGCCCCCUUCAGCAAGAGGGCCUGUUCCUGGGCAGGAUAUCUACCAGGUUCCCCCCUCACUGAACCAGACUCAGAUCCCCCCCUCCAUAGAAAAGAGGAGCUGGGACUCUAAACCUCUAGGAAAGGUGGUGGUGCCGACGCGGGUGGGCCAGGUGUAUGUGUAUGACACGGGAAAGUCGGAGCAGGAUGAGUAUGACGUCCCUCCCAGACACAUGCCUCCCUCCCAGCAGUCACAGGAUAUUUAUGACGUUCCCCCAACCCGCGCCCAGUACAGCCAACAGGUGUAUGACACACCCCCAAUGGCGGUGAAAGGCCCCCCCAGUGGUCAAGACAUCUAUGACACACCCCCCAGUGUGGACAAGAGCCAACUGCUCUCUCAGCAAACGGUGUACGACUUCCCCCCCUCCGUCAGCAAGGAUGUUCCAGACGCUCCUAUCAGGGAGGAGACCUAUGACGUACUCCCCCACUUUGCCAAGCUGAAGAGUCUGGAGAGCCAGAACCAGGGCUAUCUGAUCCCCGGUGGGCCUGAGCCCCCCAUCCCUGAAGAUGUGUACGAUAUCCCUCCCCCUCCCCUCACCGGAAAGCACUACCCAGACGCCCACCUGGGUCAGGAGAUCUACGACAUCCCCGCCAGUCUGAGGAAGGGUGCACUCCAUGACCCCCAGGAUGUGUACGAUUUCCCCCGUGAGCGGCCUGCAGGCGAGGACUCCAUCUAUGACAUCCCCCCUCAGGUGGUGCGAGAUGCGGGCGCCACAGAGGAGCUGACGGUCAGCUUCAAACGCCUGUCUGCCUCCAGCACGGGCAGCACCCGCAGCAACCUGUCCACCUCCUCUCUGGACAUGGUGCCAGUCAGGGAGUCAGCGGUGCCCAGCCAGUCCGGCCCAGGGAAGCUGUUGAUCCUGGAUCUAGAUCAGGCCAUGGAGCGCCUCUCCCGUCUGCAGCAGGGGGUGGAGGGCUCUGUCUCCCUCCUCAUGUCCUUCAUCAGUGGGAACUGGCGCAGCUCCACCCAGAUGGAGGCCAACCUGCCAACCAUCAGGCAGGCGGUGGACAGGAUGAGGGUGGCUGUCAGGGACCUGCUGGAGUUUGCCAGGGGGGCUGUGGCCAACUCUGCCCAGGCCACUGACCGCACGUUACAGGCCAAGCUGGGCAAGCAGGUGCAGAAGAUGGAGGAGGCCUUCCAGGGCCUUGUCAAGUACAGCCAGGCUCUGGAUGCUGUGGCCUGGGCCCCUUCUGCCCUGAUGACGCCCUCAGCAGGCAGCAGUGGGGAUGACCUGGACCGGCUGGUCAUGUGUGCCCGCGGUGUGCCUGACGACACCAAACAGCUGGCCUCAUUUCUCCAUGGCAACGCCUCGCUGCUCUUCAAAAGGACAAACAAGCAGCAGCAGCUUCCUCUGCCCCCCGUCCCCCAUGCCGCUGACCUCAUGGGUCAGAUGACCAACAACAACAUCUCAGCCUAUCAGAUGGGAGACGGGAGAGCCAACAUUCAGUCCCGCCCCCUGCCGUCCCCGCCCAAGCUCACAGCCGAGGAGGAGACCCGUGACCGGCCGUACGAGACCACCGAGGAGGGAUGGAUGGAGGACUAUGACUAUGUGCAUUUACAGGGUAAGGAGGAGUUUGAGAAGAAUCAGAGGCAAUUAUUAGAGAAAGGGACCAGACACAACAAAACCACACUGGAACAGCAGCAGCAGCUGAAACAGUUUGAGCGACUGGAGCAGGAAGUCAGCCGGCCAAUCAACAACGAUAUCUCAGGCUGGACUCCGCCUCCCCACUACCCAACGGCCCAGCGGAGCAAGCUGAGCAUGGGUGACCGGCAGCUGCUGCUCUUCUACUCGGAGCAGUGUGAGGCCAACGUCACCACCCUCACCAACGCCAUCGACGCCUUCUAUUCCUCCAUCAACAACAACCAGCCGCCCAAGAUCUUUGUGGCUCACAGCAAGUUUGUCAUCCUCAGCGCACACAAGCUGGUGUUCAUCGGGGACACGCUCUCGCGACAGGCCAAGUCCCCAGAGGUGCGGGCGCAUGUAGCCCAGCACAGUAACACGCUGUGUGACAAACUCAAGGACAUCGUAGUGAGCACCAAGACUGCAGCGCUGCAGUACCCGUCCCCCGGUGCGGCGCGAGACAUGACGGAGAGGGUGAGGGAGCUGGCCGGCUGCACACAGCAGUUCCGCAUGGCUCUGGGCCAGCUGGUGGCCAUGUGAACCUCUGGUCCUGAGACACUGACAUGGGGAGUCCACACUGGGACACACAGCACCCACACACCCAGUGGGUCACUGUCACAGACACAUGGACCCUUCAACCUCCUCUUGUGCUUUUUAUUUCAAAAAAGGACAACUAUCUGACUGGGCUGGGCCAUUGGUUGUAAAUGAAUCAUUGUAAAUAUUUUAAGUUACUAUUAGCCAGAAAAAAAAGUCAAAGAAAAUGAACUUCCACUAUAUAUAUAUAUAUAUAUAUGUUUUUGAGACCUGGAAAACAUGAUGUAGUUUUUAGACAAUGUCCACUGUUAUUAUUGUUGCUAUACUGUAAUUAUUGCUCUGCUUAUUAUAAUUGUUAUCAUUAUUGUUAUAAUGCGUUGAUUAAGGAUGUUUACAUUUCAAACACAAUGUAUGUAUUACGUAAUGCUGUUUUUCAUCCCAGAUUAUCAAAUAUGGUGGAUUUUGUUAAAGUAAUGUACUUGUCAGGUGAGCUGUAGGAUAUGUUGACAGAAAAUGAAUAGCUUUCCUUGGCUCUGUCAAAGGAGGCUGGGGAUCGGGUUGUGAGUGUAAGGCAUUCUGGGUAGGGGCUGGGAGGGAGAGGUUUCCCUGACAGUUAAUAACAUUCUCAGAUAUACUGCUGUCAUGGGACAGGAUUCAUUUGAGUAGUUCUACAUGCUAAUUAAAAUGCCCCAAUUAGAAGACUUUCUUAUAAUACUAUCUCUUCCUUUGAGAUAGAAGUCAGAAUGAAAAGAACAAACCUGAUUUGGAGGUAAGAAAUCUGAGGUUAAAAGAAAUAUGAAUUUACGUAUUUUUUUCUGCAUUACAACUUCCCUUGUUCUUCAAAAGCACAAGGCAAUAUCCGUCUGUCUGCUGCUCCUAGAGUGCUUGUUGUAUCACCCACACUCUCCCAGACUCUCAUAGUCCUGCAUGCUCUCUGUGAUCUAAAAAGGGUUGGUUUGGACUCCUCUGUGGCUCCACUGUGUUCCAGACCAGGCUCUCUGCUCACCUCAUACAGGAAUAACUCUGCUUUCCCUCCCCUUAGCACUUCCUGGACAGCACCACUGCACCCUGCAGGCCAGGGAAACCCGCUAUGGGGGUAAAGGUGUGAGAAGUGCAUUUGAAUCAUGAGCAUACACUCAACACCCUUGUAAGUUGAUGAGCAAAUUAGGGAGUGGUUGUUUGUGAGCCACAUCUCUGCAUUUUACCAAAUGUAUGUGUACACACACACACACACACACACACACAUAAUAUUGAAGGUAAUGCCUGUUUGCAUAACAGUAACCAUUCUUGACACUUCAAAUGACUUUGCAGCAGCUGUAUCAUAUCCCCUCUUCCAAUAGCUGUACCAGAGGUAUGUGAGUUCAGCUUGGCCAGUGGGUGUGUUUUACUAGUUCUUGAGUCCUGGAGACAUCUCCACAUGAAGCAGAGGAAUCUGCUGCCACUCCAGUUUCCAUUGUCCAGUUUUCUAAAACCUGAUUGGCUGUAUUCCAAGUAUCAGAUUACAUAUUGUACUAUAAAUCGCUGCAACAUGUUGUUGUGGAUAUAGUUGAAACCCCUAUCAAGUAAAAAUAAUACCUUGAAAACAAAGCAGACUGGUAUUUGUGGUGAUGUUAUUAUGGUCUCAAAUCUGUGUUUUAAGAUUUGAAAUAUAUAUGUUCAGGACAUUGCAUAACUGGAAAAUAUAUGCUUAAUAUAUUUUCAUUAAAAAAUAAACUUCAAACCUA